UUCUGCUCUGGUUGAAUUUUGCAGGAGUACAACAAAAAGGCUUCUAUAAUUUGUUUGAGGAUGAACUUCAAUCUUUAGGUGGUUGUGAUGGAAGCACACCAGAGCAACUCAGUGCACAGAUAGAAAGACUAGCUCAGAGACUCAAGCGUGAGAGCCAAAGAUACACAGAAUCAUUAGAUGAUCUCAGGAUGUUGUGUGAGAAAAAAGAACGCAAGAUCAUGAGAAAGCAGCAAGCUUACAAAGCCUAUCGAACAAAGUUGAAUGCUUGCCAGAGAGCCUUAGAAUUGCGAAAGAACAAGUUUCGCAGAAAUGACUCUUUGAGGCGCUUGUUGUCUUGGAAAUUUAAUGCCCAUUUGGGAAGAAAAGGAUUCAGUGGACUUAUCACAGUCAAUUAUGAAGAAAAAUCCCUUUCAAUCAAGGUGCAAAUGCCUCAAGAUGCAUCGGGAUGUGCUGUUCGUGACACACGAGGCCUUUCGGGUGGGGAGCGUUCUUUUUCAACAUUAUGCUUUACACUAGCCCUUCAUGACAUGACAGAAUCCCCUUUCCGCGCAAUGGAUGAAUUUGAUGUUUUUAUGGAUGCAGUCAGUCGAAAGAUUAGCUUGGAUACUCUUGUGGAUUUUGCUGUGGAACAAGGAUCCCAGUGGAUAUUGAUCACCCCACAUGAUAUUAGUAUGGUUAGGCAGGGAAACAGGAUAAAGAAGCAGCAAAUAGCAGCUCCCCGUUCUUGAUCAAUAAUCAUCAUCUGUAAUUUAUUUGAAUGUCUGCUUUAGGUGUAGACGUGUAAGUAUGGUUCAAAGCGUUCUACUAUUGCCUUCGGUGCCAACACAGCACCAAUGACCUUUUGCUAAGGCUCAUUGGACAAGGUUGCGGGUUCUAUAUCGCCUGCCAAGGUAGUGUGUGUGGGUUAUGUAUGUUUUUCGAAAAAUGAACUGUUCGGACUUGCAUGACAUGAUGUAGAUAUGCCUGCCAUUUUUGUUGCUUGACUACCAUUUUUUGCUGGCACUAGUGAAUGGUAAGCAGUUUUACAUAUUCCUGUAGGCAGCAAAACUGAGGCAGACUUUUUAGCUAACCACAAUCAGCUGUUGCAAGUCAAUUAAAAUGCAUUGGAAGUUGGGUAAGGGAAGAUAUUUUCUUCCUUUGAAAUAUAUUAUUGUAGAAGAAAAUUUUAUACAUAAA